AUGCUACUUCGACAAUUCAAUCGCGUCUCCUCGCCGAGCUGGAUCUCGCGCGUUCCUUCAGUAAUGCCUCUACGCGCCAAGGUGACCAACCCUGCCUUUCGGGCAACAGCUAUGAUGUCGACUUCACCUGAUAUCCCCAAAGAGCUCCCCGGCGAUGAGCGCGAUGAUGUUCUGUUCAACUCGAUCUACGGCCUCCGCAGCGUUGAGCUCAACCGGCCCAAGAAGCUCAACUCUCUUAACGGCUCGAUGGCUCGCAAGAUUCUUCCUCGGUUGAAGGAGUGGGAGAAAUCUCAUCUUGCAAACAUGAUCCUCAUCUCCGGAGCCGGCACCAAGGCUCUCUGCGCAGGAGGCGAUGUCGCUGCCCUGGCGCUGCAGAACGAGAGUGGAGUGGAAGGACAAAAAGCAUCGACAGAAUUCUUCGGCCUCGAAUACCGCCUCGACCACCUGAUUGCUACAUACUCCAAGCCUGUUAUCUCAUUUAUGGAUGGAAUCACCAUGGGCGGUGGUGUGGGCCUCAGCAUGCACGCUCCCUUCCGAAUUGCGACUGAGCGUACCGUUUUUGCUAUGCCCGAGACCACCAUUGGCUUCUUCCCCGACGUUGGCGGCUCGUUCUUCCUCCCGCGUCUGGACGGUGAGACUGGCACAUACCUGGCUCUUACCUCGGAGCGCCUGAAGGGUGUCCAGGCUCUGUAUGCAGGCAUUGCCACACAUUACUUGCACUCCAGUGUUCUGAGCAAUGUGGCGCAGCGUCUUUCGGAGCUGACUUUCCCCGACCACGUCGAGCUUCCCGAGCGUUUGGAAAUCGUGAACAAGACCAUGACUGAGUUCUCCCUUGGCCUUCCCUCGCUUGAGGAGGAGCCUAUGCUCAUGGCUGGUAGCCUGCGCACUGCCAUUGACCGCUGCUUCGGAUUCAACACUAUGGAGGAGAUUAUCCAGGCUUUGGAGAAGGAAACUGAGCACAAGGAGUGGGCACAAAAGACAUUGGAGACUUUAUCAGGCCGCUCCCCGACAUCUCUGAAGGUGACCCUGCGCCAGCUGCGUCUUGGCAAGAAGUGGACCAUCUCGGAGACCUUCCAGCGCGAGCACGAGAUCGCUGCCAACUUCAUGCGCCACCCUGAUUUCGUCGAGGGUGUCAAGGCUCGUCUGAUGUCCAAGCCUGCCCGCAAGCCUGAGUGGCAGCCCGCUACUCUCGAUGAGGUCUCGGAUAAAACCGUGGACAACUUCUUCGAGAUCCCGGACGAUUCCCGCCUAUCGCUUCUGAGCCAGGGAGAUUACAAAUACUACCCUCAUGCUCACUUUGCUCUUCCCUCUGAGAGUGAGAUUGAGAAGGUUGUGCGCCAAGGGCACCCAUCGCGAAGACCCGUUGUCGACUACUUCCUCCAGAAAUACGCCCACCGCGAGGGUGUGCGCCGAAAGGUCGUCGAGGUGAUUGCCCGACGGACGACAACAUCAUCUCCCGAAGGACUCAAGUGGUUGGAUUAG